AUGACUGAGAUCGGGAGAGUCUCGAUCUUACGGCUCCACGAAGAGCUCUUCUGCCUCAUCUUUCGCCAUCUAUCGGACAUCUAUCCGCCGGGCGAAGUCAACCAGCUAGGGUGGAUCGUAUGCACACAUGUGUGUCAGUCAUGGCGUAGAAUCGGAACAGAAGAAUGCGCGACACUCUGGGGCGAGUGUCUUUGCGCCUUUCCCAGGGCUUCCCCCAUCUUCCUAGAACGAGCGCGCAGCGCGAAGCUAACGGUCGACCUCACGGUGACUGAGCGCGCAACCUACGUGGAAGGCUCCUGGAUUUUAUCGGAAGAUCUCAAAGACACGCUCUGUGGCAUAUUUCAGGGCCGCACGCAGCAAUUACAGCGCGUGAGCCUGUCGUUCUCCGCCUUUCGCCCAAUACUCCCCGCCUUCCGCGCUGCGACUUUCGACAACGGCAACCCCGCGGGCGUGACGUCUCCGAACAUUGAGGCGGAUAUGAAACUACGCGCCGAUAAUGAACGCGUAAUGUCCAAGGGCCAACGUGCUUCGCUCCUUAGUGGUGCCGCCCUGGAUGGGUUCAUGGGCCAGACACUACCCGCGCUUCGGGAACUCGAAAUUGUGUACGAAACCUACCAAUGCUCGGUCAAAUCCACGGCACUACACAGCGACACCGCUUUUGUCGCCCCAAAUCUCAUCUCUCUGAAGCUUCACCGCCAGUGCAUUCCCGUCCAUAUCCUAUACGACAUCCUCCAGAGCACGCCCCUUCUCGAGACACUUGACGUGCAAUGGACUCACGAGGAUGGAACUGACAUGACGGGAGAUCUAGCGGGCUUGAAACCCCCGCUUUCACUCCCACAACUGAAGAAUGUCGCGCUCAGCUCGCCGACCUUGUCCCUUGAAGGCCUACGCUCUUUCGUGGGCCUCAUCCGUGCACACCCAGACGUCCGUCUACGCUUCGGCGGAAGCGUGACAUCACAUCAAGAGGCCAUCGAAUUUCUCGCAAUGCUUGCCGCCCUGAUCCGGCGGUCAAGCCUCGACUUAUUCACGAUACGGGGCGGCCGCUUCCCGCUCAGCGGCACGAGCAUUGUAUUCUCGUCUACACUCGCAUCACCAUCCAAUCCAAAACCCUGCGUGGAUGUAGCAUUCGAACGCGAAGGGCCACAGAUAGUGUCGCUCGUUCAGCAGAUGUUCAUGUCAGCUGAUUAUACACGCAUUCGUGCCUUGAGACUUGAUGUCGAUUCUAUAUCCCUUGCGAUGGCGCCGGAUGUCAUGAGCUUUUUAGCUCAGCUGACAGCGAUACAAGAGCUUCAGGUCAACCUGAGCUCUGAUGGGUUACUUCUCGGGUUCGCCAGUGUAGGACAACUGGACGCUGCCCUACAACCCCGGUUAUUCCCCGACCUCAAGACACUUGUGUUGAGGCGUAUCAACCUCUCGCCGUCCUCCCUAUGGCAACGCGAAGGCCGCCAGGCGGCGAAUGCGUUCCUAGAAGCACGUAAGGAAGCCGGAGUUCCUGUGUCGAAGGUCAUCCUGCGUGGGAUGAAGUUGGGCAGCGUCGGCUUUGAUAGGGUACCAGAUGACGUGGCUCUGAGAGAGUUGGAGGAGUUUGUUGAUGAAGUCGUCGAUCAGAGACAGGAGCAGUCUAUGGGUAUCAUGCCGAUCAUAGCUGACGAUGACUUCUUGUAA